AUGUCAUCUGCAUUGUCAUCAAUUGUUUUAUUAUUUCUAAUAUCUGUUCUAAUUGUUGAGAAUAGUGCUGUUAAUUCAUGCAAAGCUCAAGUCUAUCUAAGUGAAACAUGUAGUACUACAGUAUCCGUUCCCAAUUGUUGUAAUUCAGGUAUUUUUAAUUUAACUAAUACUAACUAUGCAAAAUGUAAUACGAUGAAUGUUUUUUGGUCUUAUCCACGAUAUAAUUUAACAUUAAUUAUUGAGACAGCAUUUACACAACAACAUCAAUAA